UGGUUGCUUUACUUCCUUAUUUUACCUUUUGUAAACAAUCGUGACCGAUAAUUCAUCGCAAAACAUAUAUCCUUCCUAAGCAAAAUGGAUAGGGAUCAUGUGCCUCUUAUUCAUGCAGGAUAUUUGGUAAAGUCACCGCCAAAAGCUCGUUCUUCGAGAAAUUUUAAACGCUGGUUGAGGCGUUGGUUUGUUUUGUGGGAGGAUAAAACUCUGGGAUAUUUCGAAGAAAGAAGUGACAAUCGCCCCAAAAAGACCAUUGAUUUAAACCGUUGCGAGUACCUAGACGCGAAUUUAUUUGAUAAAAAAUUUCGGUAUAUAUUCAGCAUCAAAAUUCGAGGUAUAAAUGGGAAAGAUGAUGGACGGACAUACUUUCUUGCUGCUGAUACAGAAUAUGAAAUGACAGAUUGGAUUGAAAAAAUAUGCAAACUUUGUGAAUUUAAUGUCAAUGAGGAAGAAGAAACAACAACCAAUACAGUGAUCCGACAUCAAUUGGUCAGAGAUAACGGUUUAAAUGAUGCAUCGACAGCUAAUAGUGGAAGCCGCAUGCAAAGAGCAGAUAGUGGGAUUAUUGUUCGCGAUUAUGACAGUAAUGACCAUUGUAAUCUUGUGGCAGUAGCUCCAUAUCCUUACAAAAAUGUAACUUCAACCAACGAUGUUGGUGAUUUUUCAAAUGUUUCCCAGCAAAAUUUGUGUCCUUUGGAGAGGUCUUCGUCAGAUAAUGCUGCAGCGAGUAGAAAACAACCAUUGGAUGUUUGUGCUGUCACAAAUCAACCACCUUAUGAUACUUUACCUCUAAAUCAUUGUGCUGAUCAACCAUACGUUACUUUACGGCAAGGAAAAAGUGAAACAACCUAUGAUAUCCCUCCUCAUCCAACCACUUAUGAUAACCCUCCUCAUUCAGCCACCUAUGAUAUCCCUCCUCAUCCAACCACUUAUGAUAACCCUCCUCAUUCAGCCACCUAUGAUAUCCCUCCUCAUCCAACCACUUAUGAUAUCCCUCCUCAUUCAGCCACCUAUGAUAUCCCUCCUCAUCUAACCACAUAUGAUACCCUGCCAUCUCCAUCUGCCUAUGAUAAUCUUCCUCUUCAUUCCACCUAUGACACUCCUCCUCAUCAAUCCACCUAUGACACUCCUCCUCAUCAAUCUACCUAUGAUAUUCCUCCUCAUCAAUCCACCUAUGACACUCCUCCUCAUCAACCCACCUAUGACACUCCUCCUCAUCAACCCACCUAUGACACUCCUCCUCAUCAAUCCACCUAUGAUAUUCCUCCUCAUCAACUCACAUAUGACACCCUUCCUCAUCAAUCCACCUAUGAUAUCCCUCCUCAUCAACUCACAUAUGACACCCCUCCUUAUCAAUCCACAUAUGAUACCCUUCCUUCCGUUAGUCCAAGUCCAUUACAUUCCCGUAUACAUAACAUAUCUAACCGUUCUUCUGUAUCAAGUAGCGAUGAAGGAUCUGAUCAAAUACACAAAGUUCCACACUCCAAUUACGAUACUGUUCCAACGCCUGUUUCCUUGUCACAUAAUUUAAAAAACAAAGAGAGAAAUCAUCAAAACAGGCAAAAAAAUCAACCACUUUCAGGAAGGAAUGUUUAUGACACAAAUAGCGUAUAUGACAUUGUGCCAUCUCGUGAUAAACAAAUACAUUCAUUACCUGAUGAUGGAAUUACAACAUAUGAUUUUGUUCCUGCUCCUAAACCCUUAAAUGAAAAUAUUGAGGAAGUGGAUGCUCCUGUUGUACCUAGAGACACAAAACCAAAAAUAAAUAUGUAUGUAAACUUAUCAUUUCCCGUGAAGACCAGUUAUGUGAGAGAAUCACAACGUGACUCUGGAGCAGUUCUUGAUGAAGAUGUAUAUGAUGUUCCACCUAUAAACUCUCACGAUAAUUCUGCACCCUCAGUGGACAGAAGUAUCAAACCUGGCAUACCUACAGUAAAUCGCUCUACUAAACCCAAAGGAAAGGCGAACGAAUAUGUCAAUCUUAAGCCUGCAAGAAGUUUCAGAGAGACAUCAAAGUUACCAAGAACUGUGCAACGAAGUCAAAGUUCAAGACCUGUAGAUUUUGGCAACGAGGAUUAUUUAUUUAUGGAAUGUCCUCAAAGAACAAAUUCCUCCACUCGAUAUAAAAAGCGAGAAAAAGAAAAUUAUUCUGAGAAUGAAGAUGAUGAUGCAGCCUAUGAAUACAUGUCGUCACCGUUAGCAAAUGAACAAGACAGCUCCUCACAAACUGGGAAGCAAUCUUCGCCUGAAAAAUCUCCAAAACGUUUUCAAUAUCAAGAUAUUUCAGUAGUAUGUUCUACUGAUACGAAGAGAGUGGCAAGCCAAAGCCCAAAGACAAAUUAUGUAACAAUCGAUCACGCUAAGACAGAUGGUUUACGUAAAACUCGUGAAGAUGUUGUUAAUAACACUAGUUAAUGGUGUUUAAUAUUAAUCUGUUUAUUCAUUUGUAUUUUAUCGCUUUUUACUUCAACAGUUCAACUUUUAUACUUGUAAUUAAAUAUAAUUUUUAUUUGCGUUUUUUGCGCGAAGAUCUUACAUCAAAUCCAUAUUUUUAGAUUUGCGCAUUCGUGUUUCUAUAUUCUAGAGUUUUAUGUUACCUCAUUUUAAACUAGAUGCGAUGUGUCAAUGAAGACUCAAUGAAUUUUGCGAAUGAACCCUUUUAUCACUUAAUAAAAUUAUAUAUAAUUA